UUACGAGGGACGUACUUCUUGGCACAAACAUAUUCUAGAAGUAAGAAAUGUUCGAUUUUCUAAAUAGGAAAUGUUCUAAUUACUUAGAUUUAAGUAAACGAAAAAGAUUCUAGCAAAAAAAUAUUUUGAUCAUAGGAAAAUAAUACAACGCGUAUAAUAAGCUCAUAUAAGAAAUAAAUCGUUAUAUAAUUAUUAUAUGUUAGUCUGUUCAUAGAAAAUAUACUCUCAUGUAUAUAACAUCUCAAAAAUACAAAGCAAAAAGAUAAAUGUCUAUAGAACUAUUUUGAUGCAAAAAAUCUCAUUUUAAACAUAACAAGACACUAUGAUUUAAUCGCAAAAAAAGAGCAUUAGAGAGAACGAUAUGCUCGCUAUACUCGAGAAAGACAGAGAAAGAGAUUUCCUUUCAUUCUUAUACGUUUUCUCUUCUAGUUAAUAUUCCUGCUAAUGCCACGUGGGCACAGAACGGUGUGACUAUUGCUGGAGGUCAUAGCAAAGCUCGUGCCACUAAUCAACUCUACCGCCCUCUUGGCUUCUUUGUUGAUGAUGAUCAAACAGUGGUUAUUGCUGCCUUCGGGAAUCAUCGUAUCAUGCAAUGGAAGAGCGGUGAUACAACGAAUGGACAAGUUGUUGCUGGUGGUAAAGGCGCAGGAAAUGGAUUACAUCAAUUGAAUAAGCCAACUGAUGUAUUAAUUGACAAAGAGACGGAU